GGGCGGCGGAGGCGGAUUUCCUGGGCCGGCUUUCUCUCUCUCUCUGGAGAACCAUGGCGUUUGGGAAGAGUCACCGGGAUCCCUACGCGACCUCCGUGGGCCACCUGAUAGAAAAGGCUACAUUUGCUGGAGUUCAGACUGAAGACUGGGGCCAGUUCAUGCACAUCUGUGACAUAAUUAACACUACCCAGGAAGGGCCAAAAGAUGCAGUGAAAGCUUUGAAGAAAAGGAUCUCCAAAAACUACAAUCAUAAAGAAAUCCAACUCACCUUGUCACUGAUUGACAUGUGCAUGCAGAACUGUGGGCCAAGUUUCCAGUCUUUGAUUGUGAAGAAGGAAUUUGUCAAAGAUAGUCUAGUUAAGCUGCUGAAUCCCAGAUACAACUUACCAUUAGACAUUCAGAAUAGAAUCUUGAAAUUCAUUAAGACCUGGUCACAGGGUUUCCCAGGAGGUGUGGAAGUAACUGAGGUGAAAGAAGUAUACCUGGACUUGCUGAAGAAAGGUGUCCAGUUUCCUCCCUCAGAUACAGAGGCUGAAACAAAACAGGAGACUGCUCGAAUCUCAUCCCAUGCACCAACAUUGGUCCCAACUGCUCCUGCUCUUUCAUCUAUAACUGCUACCAAGAACCCGACAAUUUCAUUGGUCCCAGAACAGAUUGGAAAGUUGCACAGCGAAUUAGAUAUGGUGAAGAUGAAUGUACGAGUGAUGACUGCCAUAUUGCUGGAAAACACACCUGGGUCUGAAAACCUGGAUGACAUAGAGCUUCUGCAGAAACUGUACAAGACAGGCAGGGAGAUGCAAGAGAGGAUCAUGGACCUGCUUGUGGUGGUGGAGAAUGAAGACUUAACUGUGGAGCUCAUUCAAGUGAAUGAGGAUUUGAAUAAUGCCAUCCUUGGGUAUGAGAGGUUUACUCGAAACCAACAGAGGCUGUUGGAGCAAAGGGGGAACCAGAAGGAAGCCACCAGUACUGGCAGUGAGCCUUCUGCUCCAUCUUGUGAUCUUCUGGACCUGAGUCCCAACUCUUUGGUGCCUGUAGUCACUCAAGGAGAACUCAACAACAUGAAUGCUCAGUUUUCAAACUUAAGCGUCAGCCCUCCAAAUCCUGUUGUAACAAACAACUUGAGUCCCAGUCUUUAUCCACAAGUAGAUUUGUUAGCUUCAGAAAAUACAGAAAUAUCUCUGUUUGCCCAAAGGACCAGCCAAAAUUUCACCUCAAGUCACACAUACCAUAAUUUACCAGAACACUCAAAUUCAGAAUUACUACAGCCAGUCAGCCUGCAGACCAUCACAGCAACACCAUCAAACCAAAGGCUACCACCCUUGCCCGGCAAUCACCCAGCAAUGAUAAACAAUGACAGCCAGCCACCCAAUUACUACGAGAUAAUGGAAUUUGAUCCUUUAGCUCCUGCUGUUACCACAGAAGCUAUUUAUGAAGAAAUUGAUGUUCAUUGCCACAAAGGAUCUAAAAGUCAUAGAGACCGUUGAGGUUAAAGCGGAUUACUAGUCCACUAGCAGCACAAGGAUACCAGCUCUCUAAAGAACAGAUCCUGUCCAACUUUCAGGCCUGGAAGACAAGAGCUACCAAGAUAGGAAGACCAAGGCAGGCCAUUUCUCUCUUCUACC